UGAUCUGCUGCUAAUCAUUUCAGGAACAGGAAUAGCUACCUAUAAAAAUGGCUGCCAACGAUUUAUCGAAAACAUUCGAUGAAAUCGAAUCGGACGAAUUGAGUGGAUUGGAAACAACAGCUCCAACCGAUUUGACUCUGUCACCGGACCGAGAUGUCGAAAGACGAGACAGGAAAACAAAAAUCACACGGCAGUUAAUCGAAAAGAAACAGUUAACACAUGAUCUACAAUUGCUUAGAAUAGAGCUUUCACAGAAAAAUUUAAACAUGGAGAACAUGAAAGCGCAGUCGUUACAAAAAGUGGAAGAACUUGAAGAGAAACUCCAUGAUGCUUUGCAUGAAAAGCAAAUUUUGACCGCUCGUUUAGAAUCCCAGCUAAGUAUACAGGAGCAGGAAUCAAGAAGAAGACAAGAAUUAAUUAAAAGUGAAUUAGAAGAUGUUAGACAACGACAGAAACAUUUAGAAUCGACAAAUGAAAGGUUGCAAGAGAAGGCAGGAAAUGUGAGAAGGACACUGAACGAUUUAGAUUUAUUCGAAGAUAAAUAUUAUGAGCUGCGCAGCCAGAGCGAAGAAGAUAUAUCUUUGAGAGAUUUUGUUGCGAUGCGUUUGUAUGAGGCUGUACGUCCACUGAAGGCAGAGAUUGACCAGUUACGACUAAGGAACAAGACACUAGAGGAGGAGACAAACUCAUAUUCCAAAGAUGUUGUAGAGCUACAUGAGAAACUUGAUGAAGAACGUCAGAGUCAUGGUGAACUACGUGUGAAGUAUCAGAAAGUGUCCAUGGAGUAUGCUGAUACCAAGUCAAAAGUUAAGGUUGAUGACUACCGUGUGGAGAACUAUGACAGGGUUAAAGGUGACAGAGACAACUUGGAGUCUGACAUCCUUGAUUUACAGCGCCAGUUGUCGGUCCUUGAUGGUGCUCAUAAAAGUCUACAGAAGGAAAGGGAUGAUCUCUAUAGUGAUUGUACAGCAGCCAAGCAAUCUCUGUCCCUCCUCAAACAAGACAAGGAGUAUCUCACCAAGCAGGUGUCUGACCUCUCCAACCGUAUCACUUUCUCUGAGGAGAAGUCUCAACAGAGUGCUCUAAAUCUAGAGGAUGCCAAGAGGUCACGUGAAGAAAUGUAUGAAAAAUAUGUCAGCUCCAGAGAUCAAUACAAAACAGAAUAUGAAAACAAACUGAAGGAUGAACUGGAACAGAUCAGGACUCGGACAAAUGCGGAGAUAGACAGACUUCGGACAAGUACACGAGAGAUGUAUGAGCGUGAGAAUAGAAAUUUAAGAGAGGCAAGAGAAAUGGCCAUAUCAGAGCGAGAUCGUGCUCAGGCUGCUGAGAGAGAAACAACUGCAAAAUAUGAUCACCUUUUGACAGAAUUUAGACAGCUGCAGAUGAGCGGAGAUUCACAACUUUCAGAACUGAAGAAUGAGGUGAAGAUUAAGGGUUUUGAAGCAGAGAGAACACAGUUAGUCCACGAACAGACUGUCCGAAACCUGACAGAGAGUCAGCUGGAAGUCGAGAAACUUCAGAAGAAAAAUGAAGUAUUAACCAAGGAGUACUACAGUCUUCAGGGUUCUAUGGACAAACGCAUCCUAGAGCUGGAAUCAGAGAUGUCAGAUAAACAAUCUAAACUUAUAGCUUAUGAGAAAAUAGAAAAGGAGCUGGACGAUGUGGUCAUGCAGGCUGCAGAAGUGGAUGAUGAACAGGAAGCUGAGAAAGUGCUGUUUUCCUAUGGUUAUGGAGCUAAUAUGCCCAGCACAGCGAAGAGGAGGCUGCAACAGAGUGUACAUCUAGCCAGGAGGGUCCUGCAAUUGGAAAAAAUCAACACCAACUUGAAAAAGGAUGUUGAGCGAGAAAAGAACAAGAUAAGACAGCUGGCUGAGGAGCUUAAAAAUAGCAAUUCUUUAUUGGACCAAGCACAGCAGCCAUAUAAUUAUCUGAUCGAGAGCAUACGGCAGAGGGAUGCCAGCCUUCAGAAACAAAAGGAAUAUAUUAACAGUUUGGAACAUGACAAGGAAGCUUUGGAAAAGGAGAGAGAAGAUAUUGUGAGGACAAAAAACCAAAUGUCUCUAGAUUUGGAACGACUUUUGAACCAGAAAGAGGAAAUGUCUGUUAUGAAGCAAGUUGUGAUGAACUUAUCAAUACAUCAAACAGGAACCAAGAAAACAUCUGUUGUCCCACAGGACACUGUAAAGCCAAAAAGUUCAAUUGUCCAUGCUCCGCAUAACACGUUUGAGCCGCAGGAUGACCCUAAUAUUCUCAAGCCUGGAUCUAUUUCACUGACUCGAGACAAAUCACAAUGGGCCAAGAAACUGAAACAGAGGAACAUGUCAGAACAGCCGAAAUAUUCACAAGUGUAUGCUACAGCAACGUCCUAACCCUCGCUUCUUCUGCUGCUAAGCAACGCAAAAUAUUCACAUCAGACGGGGAAACAGCAACAUAUUCACAGCAAACUGUGGGAAAACAGUGAUUACUUAUGUCAGUUUUGAUGUGCAAAUGAUUUUCCGUAAGAUUGAUUAUUUCAGUCAGAUUUCUGUGCCUCACAAAGAUGUAAAGUUACAUAAGUGGGAGAUGAGUCACUGUCAGCUCCGCCCUCUGGUUGGUUGUCUGUGGUAUAAUUAUCUACAGAUUAGUUUAUAAGUUAUAUCAGUAAAUCAUGAUACUGAACUAGAAAACACCCAUCUACAUGUAGAAGUCAUGAGAUCUAAACAGUGAAAGGACCUAGGAAUCUUUUUACAGAUUGAUGACGAUUAUCUUAAUUUCCUUCAAUGUUUGACCAGCAUUUGUUGUUAAUCAUCCUGAGAUACACUGAAGCAGCAUGUGAUUUUUUCUAUUUUAACUUUUGGUGUGAAUUGUUUACAUCAAGUACAUGGUGCUGAAGUCUUGAUGGCUUGGUCAGUCACUUCACCUGAUUGUACAGUACUCCUUUUAAGACUUUCAGAAAAAUACGCAUCAAACCUAGCUAGAACAGCAUAACUGUGAGUCAGGUGACCCUGAUAUUGAUAUAAGUAUACACUCUGGUGAUAUUGUAUAUAUAUUUGUAACAAAAUAUUUAAAGUGAUUAAAAUCAUGUAUGUAAUAAUGCU